AAUCCAGCAUCAAGACUCGCUAAUGAGCGGGGUCGAAGACGUCUGUCUUGCUCUCAGAUAUUAGAUCAAGCCACAACACGCCGUCUCGCCAUUUCGACAAAGACAGUAUCCGGAUUUUCUGUCAUGGUAGCGUUCAGUAUUCUUGGCAUGCCCCGUCUUCUGAACCAGGAUGCGCUUUGUGAUUGCUACCUGUAUACAUCAGAACAGAGAAGGUUGCAUUCCAUCACAAAACAAGCGUCGACAAUCCCAAAUCAUAGCCCAUGGAUGUCAGCUGAACAAUCGAUCGCCAUCGUCCGACUCAGGUUACCAGGAUCGGGCUAGCUUGGCGUGGACGGGGCGUUUGGCAGGCCGCCCUGACAGGGGUCCUCAGGCAGGAUUGGCCGGCCUGCGGAUCGGGUAUAGAUUAGACAUUAAGAACAGACCACCGGAAAAGUCAAUCUCUACCCGACACCCUGGAAACUAUACUCCAUCCCGGGAUGUGACAUGGAAAGCAAGCCAUGGAGGAUGUCCCGAGGCUCCAGGGGACCAAGCGGGGAGGGGAGCAGAAUGGGAUCGACAGGCGUUUUCAGGCCGGGAGGGUGCGUGUGGAACAAGACUAGACUUAGACCAGACCAAGACACCGAUGGUUUGGGGUUAGAGCGAGACUAUUGUAAUAGUUUAGGGGAGUAUGGCCCCUGGUAUCCUCUGUCAUGGGAACGGGGAGAAGAUGGGGAGCCAUCUGCCGUGUAUGGUUGAAUUCCUCCCCCUUAAUAUGGACUGGAAGAG